AAAGAAACUGUGUAACCAAAAGAAAAUUCGAGAAAAAAUGCAGACCGGAACCUCAAGCGAAGCAACGGUACCGGACCACCAAUAGCCUCGUAACAAGAUUCUUAGUUCUUAGUUCUUACCUUCUCUUUCCUCUCCUUUCUUUCUUCGUACCCACACUGAUUCCGAGGCCUUUUGCUCUCUCACUUCGUUCUCAAUUUAACAUUUUCGUUUUCAUUUUUUUUUUUUAUUUUUUUCUUCGAUAUUUAUUUUCGUUUGUCCCAUAUAUUCUUUGCCUCCCCAAGUGGAAAAGUGAAUAGAGAGAGAGACAGAGAGCGAGAGAGAGACAGAGUGGGAGAGACGGGUGUGCUUGUUGAUUUCUGGGUUUUACCAAAAUUUUCAGGGCGACCCAGGAGUUGAUGGGUUCAUAGCAACAUAAUAAUUGUAGUAAUUAAAGUAAUGGGGAGUUACAUUGAAGAGGAAGAGGAACGAUUUUUUGAUAGCUGCGAGGAGAUUUAUUCUGUGUCUGAUUGGGGGUCAAAUUAUUCUUAUGACGAUUGCAGUUCUAGUGUUGAGUUUGAUAAUAGUUUUUCUCAAUACGAGGUUUGGAUUAAGACACCGGAAAGUGUUCAGAAUCGCCGCAAUAGGUUCCUGAAUUGGAUGGGUGUAACUUUGGAUCAAAAUACAAUCGCCCAGGAGGAGUCACCUGAUCAAUCCUCCACUAAAAUCCAACUGGGUAUUGAUAGAAUGGUGGAUACUAGUGGGGCAGUGUUGAGGAUGUCGGGUUUUGAAGAUGAUCAGUCUUCAAUGUCUUCUCACUCAAUUGAAACUUGGGAUGAGUUUGAAACUAACAUGGAGAAUACUUCUGUUUAUGAAACUAGAAAAUUGGAUGAUGGAAAAGAGUUUGUAGUGGAUGAAAUUGAUCAAAAUGGGAUGCUUAGCAGACUACACGAACUGUGCGCCAAUAGAUCUCUUAGUUUUGAAGAGUUUCAGAGGAUUACUGGGAUAUCCCCUUUGAUUCAGAGACUUACGAAUAAAUAUGUCAGGGAUGCCAGGGUUAUGACUGAAGCCAAAAAGAAAGCAAAGAGUUGGUUAAGAAGAUUAGGAAGAUUAAGUCAUGCAGGACAAAUUGCUGAUAGGCAUGGGUUAGCGCCUUUGAAGCCCAAUGAAUAUGAAUCGACUGUAGGAUCAAAGAUGCAAAGGAUUAAAGUUCAUCCAUCCAAGAAGCGGUCCAAGGAAUUGUCUUCUCUCUAUGCCAGACAGGAAUUUUUAGCACAUAAUGGAUCAAUUUUGACAAUGAAAUUCAGUCAUGAUGGGCAAUACCUGGCAAGUGGUGGUGAAGAUGGCGUUGUGCGCGUGUGGAGGGUGAUUGAGGAUGAUAGAUUGGACCAAUUUCACAUCUCAGCUAAUGAUCCUUCAUGUCUGUAUUUCACAAUGAAUCAUCUUUCCAAAAUAGCUUCUCUUGAUGCGGAUGAAAUGAAAAUUGAUAAAACAAAGAGGCAAAUAUCAUCAGACUCGACUUGUGUUAUUUUUCCACCCAAGAUUUUCAGAGUAUUGGAGAAGCCUCUGCAUGAGUUUCAGGGACACAGUGGUGAGGUUUUGGAUCUCUCAUGGUCUAAAAAAAUGUUUCUGUUAUCAUCCUCUAUUGAUAAGACAGUUUGCCUCUGGCAAGUGGGACACGACAGAUGCCUGAGAGUUUUUUCUCAUAAUAAUUAUGUGACUUGUGUUGACUUCAAUCCUCUUAAUGAUAAUUAUUUCAUCAGUGGUUCAAUAGAUGGAAAAGUUCGCAUCUGGGAAGUGCUUGGUUGUCAGGUUGUUGAUUAUACUGUUAUAAGGGAAAUUGUUACUGCCGUGUCUUUUCGUCCUGAUGGAAAGGGUGGAAUAGUGGGCACACUGACAGGAAAUUGUCUUUUUUAUGAUAUCAUAGAUAAUCGCUUGCAACUUGAUGCUCAAAUAUCCUUACAGGGCAAAAAGAAGUUAACAGGCAGGAGGAUUACUGGCUUUGAGUUCUCCCCGAGUGAUCCAACCAAAGUAGUAGUAUCUUCUGCUGAUUCAAUAGUACGAGUAUUGAAUGGCAUGGAUGUCAUAUGCAAAUUUAGAGUGUCUAGCAUUGGCAUUGCAGCGAACCAAAUGUCUGCAUCUUUUACCACAGAUGGGAAACAUGUUGUCUCAACAAGUGAAGAUUCUAAUGUUUACAUUUGGAACUACAAUAACCAGGAAAAGAGUGCCUCUCAAGCCAAAAACAUUCACUCUUAUGAGAGUUUCAAGUCUCAAAAUGUAUCGAUUGCAAUACCUUGGGGCGGCAUUGAAAAUGGGCCAGGAGCACUUGUAUCCCCCACACCUGGUAGGGAUAUGCAUGGAAGUAGCGAAAAAAAUGGACAUGUCUGUCAUAAAUAUUUUGGGAAGUUGGACCACAAAAUUCUUCAACCUUCGUCAGAUUGUUUCUCUCUUACUCGUGGGUUUUUGUUAGAUUCUUUGACGAGGGGAUCUGCAACUUGGCCUGAAGAGAAACUUACUGAUUCAAGCCCAGUUGCUAUGUCACCUACAAAGAGUAAAUCUGAAUUCAAGUUUUUGAAGAGUGCCUGCCAGAAUAUCCUCAGUUCUCCUCAUCUAUGGGGUCUUGUGAUCGUAACUGCUGGCUGGGAUGGACGAAUUAGAACAUACCUCAAUUAUGGGUUACCUCUACGCAUUUGAAACUUCAAGUUUUGGCAGAAUGAUCUACGCCUUAGUAUUGGUUUUCUGGCAUUUCGGCAGUGGCACCAAGGCUUGCCAUCCGGUGGAUGCUUCAUGUUUCUGGUUAGCAUAUACAACAGUGGAGCAAGAGAUCUACUUCUUGUGGACACCCUCAAUUUAUCAAGUGUUUAUGGAAAUACACAAUGCAACAUAUCUAUAAUCCUGCUGUUACAAUUGGCUGGGGUUUAGUUACAUUUUUAUUGUAUUUUAAUGCACAUGUUACUUAAAUGAUUCUUUGAUUUGUUUUAAUGCUGCCAUUACAAAAUUGAAUGCAAGUUGUGUUAAAUGAUGAGAGAAA